GCUACAAAUUAUCGUUUUGUUCAUGGAAGUGUUUGUGGUAGAUAUUGUGCAGUGCGGUAUUUAAUUAAAAGUCUUGAUUUCGUACUCCUAAAAAUGCAGCUUGUUAUUAACAUUACUGCAGAACAUAAAGAAAUUGUAAAUAAUGCAGAAAAUCUAGGAUAUGUGAUUAUUUUAUCGAAACUUAAAUAAAUGUACUUUUCUGUGUAGUAGUUGUGUAUACCACCUAAAGAUUAUAAUUCGACGAAUAUAUUGGAAGUUCCAAGAAUUUUGGGUAUUUCGAUGUGUUAUUAAAUAUAUUUAAAAGUUGUCUUAUAUAUAAAAAAUGGAUGAUCAGCACAAGUUCGUAAAACCAACAGAUAUUCCAAACAAAAUAUCAUCAGACUUUUACAUAGAACAUAAGCCUGUUUUAAAAUCCAAUACCCACUCGCAUCGAAGUCCGGCAUCAGAAUUUUGUAUGACACGUUGUAGUACUAUUUAUAAUAGCAGUUCAGGUGAUACGAAAGAAUGCAGUUUAGAGUUAAAUCGUAGUAUUAAAAUAUCAUCAGAAUAUGCAUUGCCUUUAUUGACAUCAUCGCCAUCAAUGAUAUUAAAUUGUAGUAAAUUGAAGAAAGAGGAAUGCAGACGCAAAUACCAACUUUCAACAAUUAAGAAAAAGAAUAAUAACAGUAUCGAGCAAGUGAAGCAUCGAAAAUGUCAUUAUGAUUCAAAUAACUCUUUAUAUAUGACACCAUUUAAGUUAAGUCAACGAAAAUAUGUCAAAAAUAUAGUCAACAGUAGGAAGAUAUUUCAUACAGUGGUAUCUAUAUUCUCCCAAUUGGCAUUAUUAAAAAUAAAAACAACAGAUAGAAAUAUGCACAAAAACAAUUCUUCAUCUAACAAAUUAGCAGCACGGAGGAGAUUUCAUUUACUUCCGAAUUUGGGAACAACGUCUUUUUUCACUCUGUUAACAUUAGUAUGCUUGGAAACAGUUUUAUUGUCGACUGUAUCAACGUGUGCAAAAACAUUUUAUAUGCACUGGAAUACAUCAAAUAGCAUGUAA